GGUUUAUAAAAAUGUAAGACUUCGUUCUCGUCGCGCCACACGUACGGUUUCCAGAUAGUGCAGCUCGUGGCGGCACGAACACGUGGUCACCUCCGUGCGUCACGUUCCCUCGUGCAAGCGACCCAGCUAGCAAGACGAUGUCAAAUCAUCCACCGACCAAGUAUCCCAGCGCGCCAUCAGUACGGGCCCAAUCCGAGGGAAGUACGCAGGAGGCACCGUGGCAGACGGCGAUGCGGUACUUUACCGAUAUCUACGCGAACGGAUCCCAGCAGCCGCCUCAGGGCGGCGGGCACCCAACAACCGCCGAAGGCCCGCUAUCGGACCUGCAGAAGGCCUUGACGGGCUGGAUGGGCGACCGCACGGUGGUCAGGGCGUCGGUGACGGUAGAAUCCAGCAGCGCUUCCAAUUCGACCGCCGCGCGCGACGAGCAGCAGUCGCCGCUGUCCAAGGCCCUGGACUACUUGUCGCUCACGGUAUUCGCACCAGAAAUGCUUCCGUCCAGCGAUUCCCGAUCUUCCAUGGGCGUCACCGUCGUGCGUCCGCCGUCCCGCUCCUGCCUUCGAGACGUUCGUUCGGCGCCCAGAGUAUCGGCGCGCAGCGCCGUCAGCGCACCCGCCCGCCCUCUCGGUCAUCAGCGGUACCACCAUCCUCGACCGGUACAAGCCCCGCGACUGUCCGCGCCCGCCAUUCGGAACCGGUACCGACUCAAGGUAGUACCCUCCGCGGUUCAGCGUAAGGCGCGGCCGCCGCCGCGGCGCGCCCCGAGCUCAACGCCGAGCCAGCUCUCGCUGCCGUCCUCACAAAGCUUUCCCCAGUGCCACUACGUUAACUUUCCCGACGGACGACCGGCUUGCUGCGUCCUUCUCCCGCCGUCGGCGCCACCGUCGUGCUGUUCCGAGUGCCGCUGCGGUAACCGCUUCCCGGACCCGCUGGAAAUUUUCCGAACGUUUUCGCUGGCCUACAAUACCUUCAGACUGCAGCAGAGCCCGUUCGGAAUGACCAGCCUUUCGCCCUACUGGCCAAUGCCGCAGCAUCCCUACUACUACUACCCGCCAGGACCCAUAGUGAUGCCGUUCCAGACGUGGAUGGACUCGCGCAGCGCAGAUUCCAGCCGCGAGUGCAAAGAAUGCGAACGGGAGGAGAGAAAGCGUCGACUGGCGCCCGCCAAGGCCAUGCACGACUUCUCGACGCUGGUCCAGGUUGUGCCUAAGGGCAAACGGUCGUCGCAGAAGGCUGGCAAAAAUAGGGCCCUCUCAAACCGGGAAGCGAUAGACACAGUGCCGAGCAAGAUGUCCAACAGCGCUAUAGAACCUCCCGCCACAGUAGCCCCGGGCCAGGAACUCGUCAGAAAGGAGUUGCAGCUUUUGUCAGAGUCGAUUGACGCUGACCCCGAUGUGCCUGCUUCUCCAGCUGCUCCCGAGGAUUCUCAGGCGAUUCAACAAAUGACUGUCGACGGGAGUAAAGAGGUGCCGAAAGCGAUGCCAAGUGCUGAAGCGGACACUGCCGAACGCGCAGCUUCUCCCAGCACACCUAAAGCUACGUCUCCGUCCGCCACCUCACCGCAACAGCCAGCAGAAGCCUUGUCCCAAGUGCAACCUCACUUGGUCGGUGUAAUGCCUGCAAGGCAAGCAAAUGAAGAGCACUGCUCACCCGAACCAAAAGCGCAAGAAUUAGCAGGGCCUGAAUCUACAAGGGCAGCCAUUGAACCUCGCUUGCCAUCUCCAGAGCAGUCCAGAGCACAUGAGGGCAUGCAACCAGGAGUGCAUGAGAAGAAACAGCCAGCAGUGCAAGGGAAGCAACUAGGUGAACACGAGGACAAGCACCUAGCAAUGCAAGGAAAGCAAACAGGUGCACAUGAGGAAAAGCAAUCGCCAAAGCAAGAGGGGCAACCAGGCGCAGAAAAGGGAAAACCCAAUACGCCCGAAAAACAGCACGCAGCUGCAGAAGAGCUAGAGAGUCCCGGUGCACAUGAAGUACAUCGUCCAGGCACACAAGAGGAAAGACGACCAGGUGAAAAAGAGGAAAAGGUUCUGGGUGAACAUGGUGGAGGACGGCCUGGUGUUAUGCAACCCGCAGCACAAGGAAAGCAACCGGGCAAACAUGAGGGAAACCAAGCAGGAUCUGAAGUCUGCUCACCGCUCGAUCCUACGCCGUCUCCAGGACAGCAGCAUUCCAGCACCAACAAAGGCCUUGCAACAGAAAAUAUGGCCGCAUCGCCCAGUCAAGGACGACCCCCAGCACAAAAGUCGCCGGAGACUCGCACCUCUGCGCCACAGUCACCCAGCUCACCAGCAGCGCUGCCGGAACAUUCCACGACUGAAUUCUCACCGGAACUGACAAUAGCGCCACCCAGAGACUUGUUACGACCACCCGACGAUCCGGGGACUGGCGCAAAGCCGUUAUCACCCAACGUUGCCAGGCAGAAUGCUCCAGAAGAGGGCGAUAAUGAAAGCAUUGCAGGAGGCCCCAUUGCUGCCAAUACUGCUGCAGUUGCGCGAGAUGGCGACGACAACAGUGAUGGACCGUCAGAAAAGAGCAGUGACGAAGCAGGUGCAGUAGAAACUGCCUCUCAGCACCCGGACCAUGGCGACAAAGCUGAGGAGCACCUCGGACAUCAGGAGGAGUCCAGCAAUGGGCAUCACAUAGUGGACAUGAUGCAUGCGGAGGGUUCCAAGCCGGACGAGCACGCUAUCGGUAUUGAGCCAGCCAACGGUGCUCUACCAGCUCCUGGCAAUGAAGCCAAGCCAGAGGAAAACGCGGCCCAUGCCGAGCAAGGUGAUCAAAAGCCUGGCGGAGCUGGCGCAGCCACUGCACCGUCCCCCCCUAACAACAUCAACGGCGCCAUCAUGAACUGUGCCUGUGUCGUGGUGAUUGCCAUCAUUGUAGUCUUAGUCUACAGCAUCGUGUCGUCUACUACUGCAAAGCCGCCACAACACGGCGCAGGCGUGGCAACACCGCGGGUUACGUUGAUGUUUGAUAUAGAACACUACAACGGCUCGUACGUCAAGGCCGAUGAAGAAGAAACAACGCAUAUAGAUACGUUGGACAUUUAGCAUAGACGGAAAACAGCAACCAAGUGUUGCUGUAAAAUAGCACAGUUUUUUUAAUACUACGUACGAAUGUUUAU